GAAUAAUCGACGAUUAACAUAAUCUCGAAUCUCGAAAAUCGAAAGUUUAUCUGUCAAAUAUACUUUCAAUUCCAAUAGUUUGUUUGAGUAGUUUAUGAAUCUUAUUGUUAACAAAUGCGAUAAAGUAAAUAUUAACUUUAAAAAAAAUAAGAAUUUCAUAAAUAUAUAUUAUUAUAUCCGUCAUGCUUGUUUUAGUAUUGGGAGAUUUACACAUUCCACACAGAUGUAGUAGUCUUCCAAGUAAAUUUAAGAAAUUAUUGGUACCUGGUAGAAUACAACAUAUUCUAUGUACAGGUAAUCUUUGUACAAAAGAAUCAUAUGAUUAUUUGAAAACAUUAGCCAGUGAUGUACAUGUUGUUAGAGGCGAUUUUGAUGAGAAUUUAAAUUAUCCAGAACAAAAAGUUGUCACUGUUGGUCAAUUUAGAAUAGGUUUAUCACAUGGACAUCAAGUAGUACCUUGGGGUGAUCCAGAAUCAUUAGCUUUAAUUCAAAGACAAUUAGAUGUUGAUAUUUUGAUAUCAGGUCAUACACAUAAAUUUGAAGCAUAUGAACAUGAAAACAAAUUUUAUAUUAAUCCUGGUUCAGCAACCGGAGCAUAUAAUCCUCUUGACACAUCAGUUAUCCCUUCUUUUGUCCUUAUGGAUAUUCAAAGUUCGACAGUUGUAACUUAUGUUUAUCAACUUGUUGGUGAUGAAGUAAAAGUUGAAAGAAUAGAAUACAAGAAAAAUUAAAAUAUAUACAAAAUCUUAAAAUAUAAGAUAUAUAUUAUGAUGAGAUUUCUCUAUUUAUAAUAAUGAAAUUCAAUAAUAAAAUUAUAUAAAAUUUAUACAUAUAAAAUAUUAAUUUUAUAUACAUUAACAUUUAAGCAUUUAUGAAAAAUAUGUGUAAUUAUAUAAUACACUUGAUGUAAAUAAACAUAUUAUAUAUAAAUUA